AUGAAACGCCGAUCCGUCGCCUCAACCAGUGGUGCAUCGGUUGGCCGUCGCGGACGACCGGCGAAGACCGCCACCAGUGAUACAGCGGUCGGACGUCGAGGAAAGGCGUCGACAGCCGCUACCAGUGAUGGAUCCGCUAGUCUUAACGAACAGUCAUCGACGGUUUCAUCCACUGAUGGAUCCGUUGGCCGCCUCCGUAAGUCAUUGAAGACCGAAACCCGUGAGGGGACAAUUGGCCGCCGCGCAAAGUCAGCGAAGGCCUCAACCAGUGAUGGAUCCGUUGGCCGUCGAGGGAUGUCAUCGAAGGCCUCGACCAGUGAUGGAUCCGUUGGCCGUCGAGGGAAGUCAUCGAAGGCCUCGACCAGUGGUGGAUCCGUUAGCCGUCGCGCGAAGUCAUCGAAAGCUUCAACCAGUGAUGUGUCGGUUGUCCGUCGCGGGCGUCGGCCCAACAACAAGAUGUCAACUGUGAUCACCAAAAAAGAGAAGAAAGCGUUUUACGAUUUGUUGUGCGAAAAGGGCUUCAGUUGUCUCAAGAAUGAAGAGCUCUUAACACAGACUUUACCCAACCGUACAAUCAAUGAAAUCAACGCAAUGAUUGACAACUAUAGCCGUAAAGGACAGGACUCGGACACGAGUGACGGUAAACAGCCAAUCGAGACGUGGUUUGAAUUAAUACAUCAAACCAUUCCCAACGCCACUAAAAAGGAUGAUUUGUCGGCCGUUUUAGUCGACAUAUUAAGCGAAAUGAGUGCCAAAGGAUUGGCCACUAAUGGCUCCGAUGGCGAUGAAGAAGCAACUGAUUCAGACUUAAAGCCC